AUGAGUGACAAUCUGAUGGACAAAGUGACCGCAUUUGGUGAGCGCUUGAAGAUUGGAGGCUCGGAAGUGAGCAACAAAAUCAGUGCUGGUGUGAGCUCGAUGAGCUUCAAAGUGAAGGAGCUUUUCCAAGGACCAAACCCAACUGAUAAAAUAGUCGAGGAUGCUACUACUGAGAAUCUCGAGGAGCCUGACUGGGACAUGAAUUUGGAGAUAUGCGAUAUGAUCAAUCAGGAGACGAUUAACAGCAUUGAGUUGAUCCGUGGGAUAAAGAAGAGGAUCAUGAUGAAGCAGCCGAGGAUUCAGUACCUUGCCUUGGUUUUGCUUGAGACCUGUGUUAAGAACUGCGAGAAGGCGUUCUCUGAGGUGGCAGCAGAGAGAGUUCUUGACGAAAUGGUUAAGCUGAUUGAUGAUCCGCAAACAGUUGUGAAUAAUCGAAACAAAGCUUUGAUAUUGAUAGAAGCUUGGGGAGAAUCAACCAGUGAGCUCCGUUACCUACCAGUUUUCGAGGAAACUUAUAAGAGCUUGAAAGCGAGAGGUAUUCGUUUCCCUGGACGAGACAACGAGAGCUUGGCACCUAUUUUCACACCUGCGCGGUCAGCUCCAGCGCCAGAAGUGAGUGCUGAUCUUCCUCAGCAUGCGCAUGAGCCUGCUAAUGUUCAGUACGAUGCUCCUUUUAGAAGCUUUACCGCUGAGCAGACAAAGGAAGCUUUCGAUAUAGCAAGAAACAGCAUUGAACUUCUUUCCACAGUUCUCUCCUCUUCGCCUGAGCAUGACGCUUUACAGGAUGACUUAACAACGACACUUGUACAACAAUGUCGUCAAUCUCAAACCACUGUGCAAAGAAUCAUUGAAACAGCAGGUGAAAACGAAGCCCUUCUAUUCGAAGCCUUGAAUGUGAACGACGAGCUUGUGAAAACGCUGUCUAAGUUUGAGGAGAUGAACCAACCCUCUGCACCGCUACCUGCACCUGAGCCAGCCAUGAUUCCUGUCGCUGAGGAGCCCGAUGACUCUCCGGUUCAUGGAAAAGAAGGAUCUCUGGUCAGGAAAUCUUCUGGUGCUCGAGCUGGAUUCCAUGGAGGUGGUGGUAGUGGCGACGACUUGAUGGAUGAUCUAGAUGAGAUGAUAUUCGGUAAGAAAAGCGGCGGUGACGGUGAUUCUUCAACUGAUGCUGGACGUGACCCGAAAAAGCAGCAGUCUUCAUCUAAAACCGACGAUCUCAUUCGAUUCUGA